UGACAGCCUCAAACUUCCUUCAUCUCAGCUACAUAUAGAAAAAAAUCCUUGGAUCGUUGCCAAGACGUAACGGAAUAUAAAAGCAGGUGUUGGUUUGCAUUUGAUCAUCCAGACGUCUGCUGACUGCUUGCAAACAAUAAAGCCAUGCUGCUGUUGCUGUUGGUAGCAGUGACCUCGCUGGUCCACUCAGCUCCUGUCACUAACGUGUCCCUGCCACUGGACUGCGAAGAUGUUUACACCCUAAAGACUAGCACAAUGAAGAAUGCCUCUGUCCCAAAUGGAGUCUACACCAUUUAUCCAGCAGGGCCAAAUAAACCCGUGAAGGUGUUCUGUGACAUGGGCUGUGAGGAAGAUGACAACCAUCAGGAUGGAAAAUGGACUGUGAUUCAGAGAAGAAUUGAUGGCAAUGUGAGUUUUUACCGGCCAUGGAAAGAUUAUAAGAAUGGAUUUGGUGAUGCCAGUGGUGAAUAUUGGCUCGGUCUGGAGAACAUGUUCCUGAUGACCAACACGGAGAAGUAUCAGCUGAGAGUGGACAUGGAGGAUUUUGAGAGAGGCACUGCCUAUGCCCUCUACACUACUUUCUUCAUUCGCUCAGAGUCCAACAGUUACACGCUGAAUAUCGGUGACUACAAAAAUGGAGGAGCAGGUGAUUCUUUGUUCUAUGUGAAUGGGAGACCUUUUUCAACCUUUGACAAAGACCCAACUGGAUACUGUGCAGACACUAAUGGUGGAGGAUUCUGGUACAACUAUUACUACUGGUACUACUACUACUACUACAACUACUACAACUACGGGUAUUGCCACAUUGCCAACCCCAAUGGCCUGUACAAACUAAAUAAUGUGAAUGCAGUAAGCACAGGGAUCAUUUGGCAAACCUGGAAAGGUAGCUACUACUCUCUGAAGAGCAUCGCUAUGAAGGUCAGAAGAAUUGGUCUGGAAGAUAUUGAAAAUCUUUAACUUCCCAGGCAGAGAAAUUCAGAGGAGUAGUACAGAGAGAAAUAAGUGUAGUAUCUCUGACUGCUGAGAAAUGGCUAAACUACUAAUUAAUUCAUCUUCAAUUUUUGGGUUUCUGUAGUGGCAUGUCUAUAUACUAUAUACUUAUGUUCUCCAUUUUCAACUCUAUUUAUUUCCUUUUUAGGGAACUACUGUAUGUGUAGGUACUUUAAAAAAUAUUGGUAUAUAUUGGUAUUAUUUACUGGUCAUAUAUUCUGUUUAUUGGGUUUUGCUUGUGAUAUUCAAUCUAUCACUUCCUUGGAACCUUUGAUAAGGAAUUACAUUAUUAUUCUUAAAUCAUAUAUAUAAUUAAUAUAUAUCAAAUUGAAUAAACUUUCAGCAAAUAAA